CAGUCAGCCAGCCUUAUGUCAAAUUAAACACUGUAACUGUACUGUCAAAUGAAACACCGACUCGAGGAAACUACGAAAUUAUCACAAUUAAACAAUUCACUUAUUCCUGGCGCGGGUCCGUCGAAGUAUAACGACCCAUAUGUUAGUACUGACACCGUUGACAAAGAUAUGGAGGAAAACUACGUGCUGACCUUGGAUAUUGGCACUACUACUAUUCGGUCCUUUAUUUAUAAUUCUAGAGCAGAAAGUGUUGGAAAUGCUGUAGAUCAGGUUGUACUCCACUACCCCAGUCCGGGGUUUGUGGAAAUUGAUCCUGAUGAAUUAUGGAAUUCAAUAGUGGGUGUAGUACAAAAGUCUUUGAAAAAUGCAAACUUAUCAGCGGGACAGAUGACAGCUAUGGGCAUAUCCACACAGAGAAGUACCUUCAUAACAUGGUCUAGAGAAACUGGCAAACCAUUCCACCGAUUUAUCACAUGGAAAGACUUGAGGGCUGACAAACUUGUUAAACAGUGGAACCAUUCAUAUACCUGGAAGUUGAUAAGAGCCGGUGCCUAUGUCCUGUAUUUAAUGUCUGGAAGUAAACGAUUUCGAGCAGGCAGUGUACUAAAAUUCAUGAAUACUCAGACGACAUUGCGUUUAUGUUGGGCUCUACAAAACAUAGUAACUUUAAAAGAAGCAGCAAAAAGUAAUGAUGCCAUGUUUGGCACUCUUGAUACAUGGCUCCUAUACAGACUUACAGAUAAGAAAGUCCACAUGACGGACGUAUCGUCAGCAUCAGCGACGGGUUUCUUCGAUCCGUUCACGAUGCAGUGGGCGGGGUGGGCUAUGACGCUGUUCGGAAUUCAAAUGAGCUCGCUACCGACCGUCGUGGACACGGCGGGCCCGCACUUUACCACCACUUCGCCGAACAUAUGGGGACAUCCGAUACCGAUACUCAGUUGUAUGGCGGAUCAAACAGCGUCCAUGUGGGGGUCUUGUUGCUUCGAGAUAGGCGACGUGAAGCUGACCAUGGGGACGGGUACGUUCUUCAACAUAAACACGGGACCGACCCCCCACGCCAGCGUCUCUGGCUUGUACCCUGUGGUGGGCUGGAGACUAGGCAAGGAGCUCAUCUACUCGGCAGAAGGCGCGAACAACGACACCGCUUCUAUCAUCAAGUGGGCGCAGAAUUUAGGUCUCUUCGAGAAUCCUCAAGAGACGGCGGACAUAGCGAACUCAGUACCGGAUUCAGACGGUGUUUACUUCAUACCAGCUUUUAGCGGAUUAGGCCCACCAUACAACGACGGGUCCGCGGCGUCAGGGUUCGUGGGUAUGAAGCCGUCGACUACGAAGGCGCACCUCGUCCGCGCCGUGCUGGAGUCGCUCGCCUUCCGGACUGCGCAGCUCUACUCCUGCGUGCAGCACGAGACCAGCUACAGCUUCCAUAGUAUCAGGUUAGACGGUGGUGUAUCGAACAACGACUUCAUAGCUCAGCUGGUGGCGGACCUGACGGGGCUGCGAGUGGAGCGCCCAGUGCACGUCGAGAUGUCUUCCUUCGGCUGUGUGCUCAUAGUGGGGCUGCAGUUAGGUUUAUGGAAAUCAAAAGAAGAACUGAAAUCCCUGUUCAAAGUAGGUGGCGUGUUCCACCCGCGCCCGCAGGUAAAGAAAUCGUACGAAGUCAUAUUCGCGCGGUGGGAGGACGCGGUCAAACGCAUGUGCGGCUGGUAUAGCGAGCCCAAGUCAAGUCAAACUCCGAGCAACUCAGUAUCGGACUCGAGUAGUAACUCCGUCACGCCACAGAGUAGCUUCAAAGUCGCAAGCAACUCAAAGAGGAACGGCAGCUAUUCAAAGAUUAAAAACAAAUAGCGGUGGCUUUUCUGCCUGCUCGCAAUGCUCAUGGCGUGCCUCCCACUGUGUAGGUGACAUCUACUUUGCCACGGCUCUAGUAUUGUAAAAAUAUUGUCCUUAAGUUGGUUGAGGUAGUAUGGUGUAGGUCCAGCGAUGUCAUGCCAACGGGACUCGGUAACAGACAAAAAUAUCAUUAUAAAAAUAGUGUUAAGGGCUAAGAAGACGCUUAUUUAAAUUAUUAUGAAGUUUUUAUCGACGUUUAGAAGGUUACUUGUCAUAAAGUUCCUAGUAAAAAGGUGGCGGCAAAGACGUUAGGAUGUGUCUGUUGAUAUAGCGACAGGCGUUAUGAAGCGCAUCCGUUCUAGCAAUAAUUCCUUGGUUGUUAACGUUAUUUUGACUUUGCAACCGAAUAUUUUAAAACUAGUUGUACAAGAGAUUAUAUGAAAGCGUGACAUCCUGUUAUGGGUUACAUGUUAUUGUAAUGUAUGGGUUAUAUCGGUUAUAGUUUUAAGCGGACGGUGAGUAGAGUUGGAUUGUUUGUAUAUGUAUGUAACCUCCGUAGUUGUAAGUUGUUUGAGAUGAUUAUAGUAUUGUAAUGAAAUUCCCGAUGGUAUCAAGUAGUUAGUCAAGAUUUAUGAGCCUGUAAAACUAAUGCACAAAUAAUGAUAAGACUUAGUCUUAAUUUUAAUCAUGAUGAAUGAGAAUAUCUGAAAUUCUAUCGCAAUUGUAUUUAUUUUAAGUUUUACUUUUGUUAUUCAGAAUGUUUAAUUUUUGUCGUUAGCAAGCUCAAGUUUUGUAAGACUGUCAGUAAAAUAGCAAAAGACAAACUUGUGAUAUUACGGAUAUGUUUCAUAUGGCUUAGCCGAUGUCUGUUACUUUCAAUAAGGGACUUUCUAGGCUACGUUUCUGAAAAACAAUAUAGAUGGCGCUGUACAGUUUUUCCAUCGUUUGACCUUCUAAUGUCAUGGAUAACAGACAUAUGCAUCUUUUAUCUUUGUUUUUUUAGGUACCAAUUUUGACCCUUGUUAUUACAUCUUCCACUCAUUAUUAUUCUAAAGUCAAAUCUUCAGGGUAGGUAAGCGGACCCCGUGAAAAACGGGAUAAUGCUAGGGAGAUGAUGGUACACGCCUCGUGAAAGUUCGGAGCGGAAAGUGCGAUUUUCUCAAAAACCUAUAUACUCAGUUCUAUAGGAUGUAAAAUGUAACACCUCAAAAUUAGCAUGAUGACCAUACAAAGCAAUAUAGGUAGCAACAUAAUUCUAUACAUAAUCUGAUCCAAAUGUCAAGAACAUAGAAAACGUUCAGCUGCUUGUCUUCCCGGGCAUGUCGUAAAAACCGACAGAGGGAUUGUGUCCUCUAACAUGAUGGACUAAUGUUAUGGGCGAUAGGCUGAUCCCUUAUCAUCAUAAGGUUCAUCAUAUCCAGCUUACGACAUCGUAUCAACAGUGGCUGCAAGUUGUCUUUGAUUACUUGUGGCUGUGCCCACCCCAUUAGGGAUAACGGGCGUGAGUUUAUGUAUGUAUGUAUGUAUGUACCAUACAAAGCAAUAUAGGUAGCAACAUAAUUCUAUACAUAAUCUGCUCCAAAUGUCAAGCAGCAAUUUACAUUGUAUUUUUGAACAAUUAUGAACCAGAACAAUGAGAAAAUACGUAAUUUUCACAUUAAAACUGUACAACGCCAUCUAUAUUGUUUUUGGGGAACGUAGCCCAGAAAGUGCCUCAUUGGAGUUCUCGUUAAUUUUUUUAUCAUUUUCAAAAUUUUAGUGUAACCAUUUAAUGAAUUUUAUUGCUAUUGUUACCAUUGUACAUAUUUUAUGAUUUUAUAUAAGUGGCCUCAGUAAUUUCUUUCUUAAAAUAUCAAAUAAAUAAAUAUCAAAUUGUAAUAAAAGUAAAUUAUUGACGGUAGAUGACAAUAUGAGUGUGUAAUGUGUAAUAAGUUCAGUGAUAGCGCGUCUUUACCCUUUGCUCAAUGUGACGUUAUAUUGUUUGUUUGUAGCUUAAACUUGCCAAUUUGUAGUUUUUGUAUGCGGUUAAUGUAAUAGAGAAAUAUGUCCUCAUAGACUGACAUGUGUACCGGUUGCGUCAAGCGUAUUUCGACUUUCUUGCCUAAGUUACACGAGCUAUUAAAACACAAGGUAGCUAAACCCUUUUCAAAUAAUUCAAUAUUAUGAAACACUAAUUAAAAGUACACUUUUGCUUUACACAGAUGUGGACCCUCUGCAAAUAGCUAAAUAUUUUUAUUUAUAUUGACAUGACAACAUUAUCAAUCCGUGUUUAAAAAGGAAUAAUAAAUUUAUAUGCUAAAG